UGCCGCUGUUGUUACCCUGGUAGGUGGCAGCGGCCGAGCGCAGCGCGUUGGCCACGGACACCAUCUGCUCCUCCCGGAAAAUCGAGUACGCGUCCGCGCCAGAGACACUGAACAGGCUGUUGAUGCAUUCAGUGGUCGCCGCCUUCACCGCCGCGACCAGCGCCGAACCCUGAGCACUGGCGAACGUCGAGGUGCUGCACCCCGCCAUCACACCGUCCACCCCCGCCAUCGACGGGCGCGGGUGCGCGUCCAUCGGCGUCGCGUCGUCGUAGGACCGACGCAGCUGCGCCUGGUCCGCUUGCAUCGGCGGACGCAACCGCGCCGGCAGCGCCGUCCGGCUCUCGGUGGCGCGUGGAAACAGACCCUGCCCAGCGGCCGGGGCUCCAAACUGCUCACGCCACUUGGCCAACUCGGGGCUUUCGUCAGUCGAGAGUGUGGUCACCGACUGCUUGGAGGCGGCAGCGGACGCGACAAGGACGGCGGCAAACAACUUCAUGGUGGUCCAGGAAGUCGAAAGCAAAUUCAAAAAUGGUAGUAGU